AUUUCCGAUAAAACCUUCUCUCUCUUUGUCUCUUUCUUUCUUUGUUCCUUCUUGAUGGAGCUUCAGAGGAGCCAGGACCAGGGCCUCCCAGAACGAAAGGGGCAAAAACGGAAACUGGAGGAAGAAAACCAAGAGGACCGCGAAACCUCUCUCCCUACCGGCGACGCCCGCCGUGCUCUCUUGGCCGAAGUCACCGCUCAGGUUAGCGUCCUCGACUCCACCUUCUCUUGGCGCGAACCUGAUCGCGCCGCUGCCAAGCGAGCCACUCACGUGCUGGCCGAGCUUGCAAAGAACGAGGAAGUGGUGAAUGUGAUUGUUGAAGGUGGUGCGGUUCCGGCUCUAGUUAAGCAUCUGCAAGCGCCUCCUUGUAGUGACGGCGACCGAAGCCCGAAGCCUUUCGAGCACGAGGUUGAAAAAGGAAGUGCUUUUGCGCUGGGACUUCUCGCCGUAAAGCCAGAACAUCAGCAACUUAUAGUUGAUUCUGGGGCCUUAUCACAUCUUGUGAAUUUGUUGAGGCGGCACAAGGAUGGUUCUACUUCUCGUGCUGUGAUUAGUGUCAUUAGAAGAGCGGCAGAUGCUAUCACCAACCUUGCUCAUGAGAAUAGCAGCAUUAAAACCCGUGUCAGAAUGGAAGGUGGGAUUCCACCUCUUGUUGAGUUGCUUGAUUUUACUGAUACAAAGGUGCAGAGAGCAGCUGCUGGGGCAUUGCGAACCCUAGCAUUCAAAAAUGAUGAAAACAAGAAUCAGGUAACAGACUUGCCUUUGGAAGUUGAUUGGAUAAAAUUGCCUUCUGUGCUAGUCAAUAGAGUGAAUGCUUUGACUUUGCAGAUUGUUGAAUGCAACGCUCUUCCUUCUCUUAUUCUCAUGCUACGAUCAGAGGAUGCUGCUAUACACUAUGAAGCGGUUGGUGUGAUUGGCAAUUUGGUGCAUUCAUCACCGAACAUAAAAAAAGAAGUUCUUGCUGCUGGGGCUUUGCAACCUGUCAUUGGCUUGCUUACCUCCUGCUGCUCAGAGAGCCAAAGGGAGGCAGCUUUAUUACUUGGACAAUUUGCUGCAACGGAUUCCGAUUGCAAGGUUCAUAUCGUACAAAGGGGUGCUGUCAGACCGUUGAUCGAUAUGCUUCACUCUCCAGAUGUACAGCUGAAAGAGAUGUCAGCCUUUGCUUUGGGGAGGUUGGCACAGGACACACACAACCAAGCUGGUAUUGCACAUAAUGGUGGUUUGGUGCCUUUGUUGAAACUUCUAGAUUCAAAGAAUGGAUCUUUGCAACACAAUGCUGCAUUUGCUCUUUAUGGUCUUGCAGAUAAUGAGGAUAACGUAUCUGAUUUUAUUAUGGUGGGUGGGGUCCAACGGCUGCAAGAUGGAGAGUUUAUUGUUCAAGCAACAAAAGACUGUGUUGCCAAGACACUGAAAAGACUGGAGGAGAAGAUUCAUGGGCGGGUUUUGAACCAUUUGCUGUAUCUGAUGCGUGUAGCUGAGAAGCCAGUCCAACGACGAGUGGCUUUGGCUCUUGCUCAUCUUUGUUCCCCAGAGGAUCAGAGAACUAUAUUCAUUGAUAACAAUGGACUUGAGCUGCUUCUUGGGCUUCUUGGUUCUACAAGUCCUAAGCAGCAACUUGAUGGUGCUGUUGCUCUGUACAAGUUGGCCAACAAAGCUAUGAGUCUUUCUCCUAUGGAUGCAGCUCCCCCUUCUCCAACACCACAGGUCUAUUUGGGGGAGCAGUAUGUGAACAAUGCUACAUUAUCUGAUGUUACGUUCCUAGUUGAAGGUAGACGGUUCUAUGCUCACAGAAUCUGCCUGCUUGCUUCUUCCGAUGCAUUUCGUGCUAUGUUUGAUGGUGGUUAUCGGGAAAAAGAUGCAAGGGAUAUUGAAAUUCCAAACAUUAGAUGGGAGGUUUUUGAGUUGAUGAUGAGAUUUAUAUACACCGGAUCAGUAGAUGUUACAUUGGAUAUUGCUCAAGAUCUGCUUAGAGCAGCUGACCAAUAUCUUUUGGAGGGACUUAAGCGACUCUGCGAGUAUACCAUUGCACAGGAUAUAUCGCUGGAAAAUGUUUCAAGCAUGUAUGAACUCUCAGAAGCCUUCCAUGCUAUAUCAUUGAGGCACACUUGCAUUUUGUUUAUCUUGGAGAAUUUCGAUAAAUUGAGCACAAGACCUGGGCACUUGCAUCUAAUCCAGCGCAUAAUUCCGGAGAUCCGCAAUUACUUUGCCAAAGCACUUACAAAACCUAACCCACAUAACCUUCGGCUAUAGAAGGCUGGUUUUUAACUCCUGAUCUCUAACUAGAUACGUUGUACAGAAAGUAGCAGAUCUUCUUUGAUGUUGUGGAGCCGAUGGAAGGUUCUAAUUGGUUCUUUGUAGCGUGGUUCAUAAUCAUUACUGAUGCCAGAGUUACCGUUGCUUGUAGAAAAAGCUAUAAGGUUUCUUCUUUAAUUCAUUGUCUUUUGGCCUCCACUUUUGAUCUUCGUGGACUGUGUUGGUUAUUAGAUUUAAAUGUAUUCCAACUACUUACAAAGUUGGCAUUCAUUGAAAAUGCUUGUACUUUUUUUUUUUCUCUUUUGGCCUAAGAAAAUGCUUGUUCAAAUGAGCAGUUACAAGUUUCUUGGUGAACGCUUGAUUUUCCUGUGUAAAAGUUGAAGAAUGCUUGAAAAGACCAAUGAAUCUAGUAGUGCUUCCAUACAAGUA